AUGGUAGAUGCUCCGGUUUUAAGUCAAUCCCGUAACAUUACAUCACCCGCCAUGGAACAGUUUGAGGAAAGAGUCAACCGAUACGUCUUCAUAUUGGGUAACAUAAAAAGGGACAUUGACUCCAUUAUAAUGGACAUGGAAGAAAAUCCAGUUAUGAACUUUGAUCGUGCAAAGACUUACAAAGUUUCCCUAAACAAAUACAUGUUGCAAUAUGAAAAGGCCUCCGCGGAAUAUGCAACAUUUCUACAAAAUCAGCGCCACGAAACCAGUAGGAGAGAGGAAGCGUCCAGGUCCAUCAUUGCUACUUCACUACACGAAAAGGUGACAGCAGUGUUAAAACAAUCGAACUCUAUAUUACCUGAUACAAGAUCAGAUAAGUCUCAAUCUCUAUACAGUCACGGAUCCUUAUCUUCACAUCUCACAUCGGUAGUAUUGCAGCACACCGCAAAGGUUGAAGAGGCACGGAUGAAAUUAAAGUAUGCAGAGGAAGAAGUGGAGCUGCUUAGAAAAGAAGCGGAGAUCAAGGCAGCCCAGUGUCUGCUUUCAGUCAAGAAAGAGCUCGAGGCAGCCCAAUCAAGUCUAACGGCCAUAAAGAAAUGUCUUGAAUAUGACUCUCUUGGAGAAAGCUACAUACCACACUGUGAAAAUGACAUAGGUGAAGAUGAUCAGCAUGAAACACAAUUCUUACACCGCUGAGCAGUCCAAAUAUCAAAAUCAGUGUGACUAUACAGAGAAGCCAAGAGAAUUUAUGAAGAAUUUUAC